GUGUUCCUAUAUAAAUCUGCAUAUGAAAGCAAGCUUUUUCUCUUUUUAACUCUCUCAACUCCUACCUUCCUUUACCAACCUUUACUUUCUUCACACACACACACACACACAUAUGUAUAUAUAGAGGGAGAGAGAGACCUUUAUGACUUCAUAGAAGAGAGUGAUGUGCUCAAAGAAAAAAGAAGUAGAAAGUUCAGGAGCCAUGAACAACAUACAAAAUUACCCAAAUAACCUCUUCUUUCACCAACUUGUCUCCCAUCAUCAUCACCAAGAACCUUCUCAAUCCGAAACUUUCAGAGCCCCGGGUUACAACGUCGAAUCCGGAUUCACUAUCUUCUCACACGACUCCGUUUCCCCAAUAUGGCCUACUUCGACCCAACCACAGUUCGAUCCAUUUACUCCUCCUACUCCUCAGGCAUCUUUCUACGGAAGAUUCUUUAAUAGAAGCCGAGCUCAUCAUCAGGGAUUACAGUUUGGAUACGAUGGUUUUGGUGGAGGCACGUCAGCAACGCAUCAUCAUCAAGAACAGCUUCGGAUCUUGUCAGAGGCUUUAGGUCCCGUAGUGCAAGCCGGGUCGGGUCCUUUCGGGUUACAAGGUGAGUUAGAGAAGAUGACAGCACAAGAGAUCAUGGAUGCUAAAGCUUUGGCUGCUUCAAAGAGUCAUAGUGAGGCUGAGAGAAGACGAAGAGAGAGGAUCAACAAUCAUCUUGCUAAGCUCCGUAGCAUAUUACCCAACACCACCAAAACUGAUAAAGCGUCCUUACUAGCGGAAGUGAUUCAACACGUGAAAGAGUUGAAGAGAGAGACUUCAGUGAUCUCGGAGACAAACUUGGUUCCAACAGAGAGCGACGAGUUAACGGUGGCUUUUACGGAGGAGGAAGAAACCGAAGAUGGCAGACUCGUAAUUAAAGCGUCGCUUUGUUGCGAAGACAGGUCCGAUUUAUUGCCGGACAUGAUCAAAACGUUGAAAUCGAUGCGUCUCAAAACGCUCAAGGCCGAGAUAACCACCGCAGGAGGACGAGUGAGGAACGUGUUGUUUGUCACCGGAGAAGAGAGCUCAGGAGAGGAUAUGGAAGAUUAUUGUGUAGGGAUGAUAGAGGAAGCUUUGAAGGCGGUGAUGGGGAAGUGUAACGUUGAAGAAUCAUCUUCUUCUGUGAAUGCUAAGAGACAGAGAAUGAGUAGUCACAACACUAUUACCAUCGUCGAACAACAACAAUAUCACCAUUAAGGUAAUCAAGUUCUAAUCAAUAUUGUACGUCACGUUAUACUAUGGAUGUGUGUGCUUGUGUGUGUGUCUGUAUAACGGAGAUAUUUGUAUCCAUUAAGGGACUUGGUUUGGUUAUAAGUACUUUCUUUUGGUUGUUAUAUAUGUUAAUUUGGUUAUAUU